AGAAGUUAGGGUGCCUGGCUUACGCUGAUGAUGUAGUGUUGAUGACGGAGAGGAAAGAGGAGAUGGAGGAGAUCCUGCACAUAGCUCAGGCAUAUGGGAGGGAGUGGGACCUGAAAUUUAGUGAAAGAAAAUGUAAGGUUAUGGAGUUUGGUAGUGGAGGCAGUAACCAAUGGGUACUAGGAAACAACGUGCUGGAGGUAGUCGAUAAAUAUAUGUACCUAGGAAUGGAGGUUAGCAAGGAAGGCAUAGGAGGGGAGAAACAGAGGAAAGUGAAUGAAGGGAAGGCAAGGAGGAUGUCAGGGAUGAUAAUAAAUGGAGGCAAUAGAGUAGUAAACAAAUAUGAUGUAGGGCGAAGUCUGUGGAAAGGAGUAGGUGUACCAUAUUGCCUCUAUGGAUCAGAGAUAACGCACUACAGAGAAGGGGACAUCGCACAGCUAGAAAAGGUUCAGAACACAGUAGGCCGGUGGGGAUUAGGAGCCCCUAGGAGCACAGCGGUAGAGGCCGUCAGAGGAGAUAUGGGAUGGAGUACAUUCAAGGAAAGAAUUGUAAAGGGCAAGUUAGGCUUCCUUAAGAAAAUUGAAAAGAGUAGUGAGGAGAGAUGGGCAAAGAAAAUACUGCAAGAAAGUGGAAACAAGUCCACCUGGGGGAAAGAGUUAGAGAGGUGGAAAAGGAGAGAACACCUGAGGGAAGAGUGGAAUGAAAUGGAGAUCAGGGAUGUGAAGAAGGCAGUAGAAAGGAACGGACAAGUCAAAUGGCAGGAAGGAAUGAGUGGCAAGUCAACGCUAAAAUGGUACAGCAGGAAACAGAAACCAGAGGGAGUACACUGGCAUGUAGGAGACUGGGGGAGCAAACUAUUGUUUAAAGCAAGAACAGGAACCCUGGAGGUAAACGGCAGGAACAGGGACGGGGGAAACCAGGACUGUAGCUGUAGGACGGGGCAGAUGGAAACAGUAGAACACCUAAUAGUGGAAUGCAGCAACUAUGAGAGGCAGAGAGGGGAGUUGGUGGCAGGAGUAGUGAUGGUAAUAGGCGGAGAGGAGUGGGCUAGGAGACUAGAGGAGGAAAACGGGGCGAUCUGCACGGUGUUGGGGCUGCAUGGAGACAAAAAGGAAACGGAAAGAAAAAUGGUAAAGUUGGCAAAAGUGUUCCUCGCGCAGUGCUGGGAAAAAAGGGCACAAAUGUCCGUAUAAGUGAAUAUAAGUGGCUUUAUUUCAGAUUAGAAAAUUACAUAACGCUGAAAAGAAAGUUGUGUGAAUAAGAAGGGAGGAACGAGAGGAGGAGGACCUAAGAAGCGAUACAAAGCGUUACAGGUCAAAAGAAGAAGAAGAAGAAGGAAGGGACGCUGUGCUCCGUGCUUCCCUUGUUAUCCCUGCUAUCCACGUGCCCCCCCUUGUUAUCCUCGUGCUCCCGGCCUUGUAGCGGUGCCGUGGCGGGGCGUGUAGGCGUUGACAUCACUCACGGUCAUCGGCACUGCCCAUACACUUAGUCCACCCUGGCGGGGACCUCACCAGUGACCGCCAUGAAAACAGGGUCCCAGACAAGCCAGUUGGUCUGAAGGCCGUGGCGCUGACUGACCACAUCAGGGUGUGCUGGCAGCCCCCCGCACAGCACAAUGUGCUGCUGUGCGGCUACACCAUUGCCUGGGACCAAGGCGUGGCGGACAUCUACUCCAAGAUCGUGGACAGCAAGCAGCACGGUUACAUCAUUGAUAAGCUGGAACCCAACAUGGAGUUUGUGAUAAGCCUGCGAGCCUUCAACAAUGUGGGUGACGGGCAACCGGUGUACCAGCAAGUCCGCACCCAGCCAGAGGAGGAGGAGGUGGUGGCACCCACGCUGGACCCGGCGGUGUGGGUGAAGGCCGUGGUGCUGACGCCCUUCACCGUGGUGCUGCAGUGGGCGGACACCAUGCUGAGCCAGAACCAGUACAACAGCUGCACCACCUUCUCGUCCUCAUCCUCCAGCCGCUACGUCAACGCCACGGAUGUGACCUGCCUCAUUGACAGCCUCAAGCCAUCAACAGUGAGUUUGCUGUGAAGACCAUCAGGGUGAGACCACAGUGCUGGAAGCCUUCGUUCUUCUUUCAGUAAAUAUUCACUCAGUCCUGCAACACUUCUCAAGGAAAUCCUGCACAGCUGAAUCCUUGCUGUGAUGAGGCACAGAGAAAUUAUGACUCAUAGGGUGAGCUAUUAUUAGUGUUUGAGAUAUUGAUUUUUUCAUUGACCUUUUGCAAAUACUUAAAAAUGAACCUUACAUAAUGGUAUUAGAAACAGCACAGCAGGGUUGGCAAUGAUUUAAUCAAAUUGAUUUAAUCAAAUGAUUAAAUCAUUGAUUUUAUUUGUAUUUUUUCUGAGUAAAAGUAUUCCAUAGGUAAAAUGAUGUGCUCCAAAGAUGAUAAAGUAAAACAACCUAUUCAUGUGCAAUGAUUCAUUUAUUCUCUUCAAAGUAUAAAAAAAGGAUUCCUACAUUAUUAUAUCCUCCUGCGCUAAUGUUGCCAACUUGACAUGUUUUUUACUAGGUAAAAAAUCAGCCUCCUUUAGUCUUUACUAACUUGGCUGGCAAUGUAUCAUAAUAGCAACCAAGGUUUGCAACCAAACUGUAACAGAAUAGAAGUAGAUAUUCUUCUGUAUGGUAAUAAUAUAAUAUUUUGUCAUGAAAAUGACAACUUCAGGCAACUCUAUCUGUCCUAAACCUGCUCCUGUACCAACUACAAACAAGUACUGAACAAGUAUGUAUCUGGAUCCUUGACUGUGCUCAGACUUACAGGCCUAAACUUAAACUUAAAGUAACCGGCUGGAGUAGGUAGGAAGACACCUACCGAACGGGCGCAAGCCACUCCCGGUGAGGUAUAUAUGGGAGGUGAGAAGGGAGCUGAAGCCCUCCAAAGACCCUUCCCAUGUCCUCACUAACCGUUUCCCUAUUGUCUCACCAACACCGGAGA